CUUCCAGCCUUCUUUUGUUGUUGCAGCGAUCGUACCAUGCAAUGUGAGAUUGGCAUUCAAUGAGCUCAUCGGAGACACCGUGACCUUCGACGCUCUUGGGGGCCCAUACACUAUGCAGGUCGAGAAGGGGCGAAAGAUAACCCAGAUAGGAGGAGAUGAUUGGGAUCGUUUCAUCGCCCGCAUGCGUCUUAGUGGGGGUGAAUUGAUCAGCUUCUCCUUCAGAAGAGAUAGGCCCAGGAUUUAUGUUAUCUAUCUAAAUUUGAUUCCGGAUAGUGAGGAUGAAGUUCAUGAGGAGGAAGAUGGUGCUGAUUCAGAUGAUGACGAUUCAGAUGAUGAUGAGAACCCACUUGUUGAAUACCUGUAUGCCCAAGGACUCAGACUGGGCGACGAGGAAAUCGGCAACCUCUGGGACAUGCUUCCGCUACGUGAAGACUACCUAGGGAAGCCAUUCGUGACCCGCCUCACAAGGACGAAUGUUAAACAGCAUAUCAUGGUAUGUUACUUAGUGUGGUAAUUACAUGAUAUGCAUUCUUAGUUAGUGUAGUAGUUCAUAUGAUAUGCAUGUUGUAGUACUGUGAUGAGAGGCCUAGUUUAGAAUUCAUUUAGUGAAGAAUUUUAUGACAUGCAUGUAGUGUAGUAAUAUGCGAUGAUAUGCUUAGUGUACGCAGUAAUCUAAUGAUAUGCCUAAUUACUGUAGUAAUUUGAUGCUUGGCGUAUAGUGUAGUGAUGUGAUGAUAUAUAUGCUCAGUGUUGAAUCCAAUGAUAUAUGUGUCUUGAAGUGUAUGCUUUGUUGAUAAUUGCACGUGACAUGAUCAUAUAUCAUGUCAACUGUUUUCAGAAAUUACCUAAGAGGUUACUUGAUAGCUGUGGCAUCGACCCGGACGAAGAAGGCAUGGCUGCUGGACUACGCCUUACCAGAACGGGCUCCAUCACCAGCUGUGCCUAUGCAGUGGACACGGACGGUCGCACUGUCUUGAGAAGGGCA